UGGUGAGGAGGAGGAUACGAAGAGGAGGAGGAGGGGACACGAAACAGGCAAGGGGACGACGUCGACGACGACGGCGGCGGCGGCACGAGACGGGCAGCGAGGCGAGAUCGACCAACGCAACUUCGGCGGCUCCCACCGACAUGGAAGCCGUGCAGCAAGGUCUGCUGGACCCGGACACGAUGCAGGAGGUGGCGGUGGACCCUGUGCCCACGCAGGACGGCGCUUGUAGCGUGAGCAGUGCGGAGCGGGAAGAGCUGGAGGCGGAACUGGCCAAGGUGGAGGAGGAGAUCUCCACGCUGCGCCAGGUGCUAACGGCCAAGGAGCGGCACGCGGCUGAGAUCAAGCGCAAGCUGGGCCUGAGCCCUCUCAACGAACUGCGCACCAACCUAAGCCGCGGGUGGCAGGACAUGCAGGCCACCAACGCGUACAAGAAGACCCAGGAGACGCUGACGGUGGCCGGUCAAAAGACCACCUCCGUGCUGUCCAACGUGGGCUCGGCCAUCACACGCAAGUUGGGAGACAUGAACGACUUGUAUCUGCGUCUGCUCGUGCCGAGAUCACAUUCUUUUAGCUACUCUUCCAUCCGUCACUCGAUUAGCAUGCCUGCCAUGAGGAAUUCGCCGAGCUUCAAGUCAUUUGAGGAACGAGUCGAGAACACCGUCACCACCCUGAAGUCCAAGGUAGGUGGUGAAGGCCAGCCGAGCAGCAACUUCGAGGAGGUGUUGAGUUCUACAGCCAGCGCCAGCGGGCACGACACCAGCAACCGAGACUGAAUCAACACCAGCGCCGCCAGCCGCUUACACUACCCGCUACACUACACGCCGACAUAUGCCGCUGUACCAGCUCCCACUCCAGCACUACACCUUUAGCCCCAGGCACUGUUGCCCUUGCAUAGUGCAAUGCUAGGCUCUUAAAAGGCCAUAUACACAGUGACAUCAAAACUGUUGACCAUUGUGUACAAUUGCACAUCCUUAAAUUCAUCUGGAUUCUCAAGCAAUUGACACAGGGCAAGCAGCAAGCGCGUGUCGUGCAUCUGGCCUCCGAGUGCGCAGAUAAGGGCCAUUACAUAAGACUACGGCGCUCUUUAAGGACAGGGAUGAGUGUGUACUGGCUGGACAAAAGUGAGUGCGCUUGCUCUGCUUAAGUCCACAUCGUUAUCAACAGCCAUGGUCAAUCCACUGCUGGAUGAAGGCUUCCCUAAGCCGGCGGAGACCAUUUGCAUGCCACGCGCAUACGCGACACGGAAAUAAUGUUUUCCUACGCACAUGAUGAAUUGAUGCUUUGUGUUGCAAGCGUAAGAAUCCAUGUUAUUCGUGAGAAUCGAUGCAUUAUUAGUUACCUAUCGUUAAUCCACCGAGUGCUGGAGUGGGUCAUGUGCCCCCCCCCCCGCGUGACAGACGGUGCACUCCAUUUUCACACCUUGGGGGGGGGGGGCACGCGUUGUUGCUUAGAAAUGUUGAGCGAUGCACAAGCUUGGGGAUUCUGAAACGGCUCGGUAGAUGGCGUUGGUUAUCCAUUCCGCAUGGGGUGGUGGUAGGGGGGAGUGUGACAAUUUCAGUCCUAGUAAAAAAACCGGUUUAAAGAUCGAGGAUUGUGAAGAGUACGCAAGGACUCCACUGGCCUGAGGAUGGAGAAGGGCAAUUGUGGGGGUUUCCAUGCGUUGUUUAUACCCAUUGAGUUAAACGUUUCCUAUCGGGAACAUUCGACGGGGAGAAAUGUUUCACUCCGGGGUGGCAGCGUGGUGGGUUCACGCACACUGCGCUGUGGGCCCAGCAACCUGAAUUUGAUUCGCGGCACGUGGAGAGCGUCAGUGGAGAGUGAGAUCUGAGACAAUUACUGAUCUACCCCUCACCGCCCAACCCCCCGGGGGCCCCCCACCUUCGUCACCAACACUAACCCUGGCCCCCCAUCACCAAUUACAGUCGAACAGCUCCCCCUUGACUGGCGGAGCGUGUUGAGGAGGCCCUCAUCCAGCAGUGGAUGGGGACGAGGGCGGAUGUAAAUGUUAUUUUUUGGAGGGAUGUAAAUGUUGGGUGGAAAUCUUGCAGGUGUGUUUCAUUUCCCCGUCGCCACACAACCGAGUAGGCUCGUUGGUCAGGAUUUGGGUUUAGUUUGUGCCGUGUUGUUUUCAAGUUCUCGUCCACUGGCCUCAUGAUCGCUGUGGAGGUUUAUCGGUUUAUGAUGGAAGCGUUGGUUUAUUGUAUGUUACAAUGUAUUUACAUUUCUACACCAAGCAAAAAAGAAACAUCACCAAAGUACAUAUAGUCUCGUUAAAGGUUCCAUAUUCCUUUCCAUUAAGCAAAACAUGCUGUAUCGUUUUGUAAUUUCUUAAACUUCUCUGUGUUGCUAGUUUUUACGUUUCGCGUUUAACUCGCCCUGUAAACGGAGACGCCUCUGCAUGCAAAACCAGACUCGUUCGUUAGUGGAAGGCCCAACUCCGCACUUGAGUUGCCUUGUGGGUCUGAUCUUUACGCACCGUCUGGCAAAAAAAAUGAAACGGGCAAUUAGUGCUACUGCGUAGGGGUAGUUUUUCCCGCAGGUCGGCUGUGCAGCUACUCGACGCAUUGAUGGGUGUGUACCGCGUCUUGAUCGGCAUGAUGUCCAACGUUUCGCUUGCCGUGUUGGGAGCAUCUUCAACGAACCGAACGGAUUCAGUUCAGCAACAGGACUCGCAGUAAAUGCCCCCCCCGGCAGUACGUUGCAGCGAAACGUCGGACGUCGCGUGGAUUAACACGCAAUAACAACCAGAAAACAUCGGAGAAGCAAUCUUUGGAGUACACGUAACAAACACAACCACUGGCACACUUUAACAAAGGCAACACAAGCGAUUUAGAUCCGCGUCGCAUCGCGUUCAGCCUGAUUGCCCGCACUGGGGCAUAUUGAAGGGGCUUGACCAGUGGCGUCGUGACCACGUUAUCAGCUCAGGGGGGUGUGCGCCAAUCGGUCAGGGGGUGGCCCCAAUAUUUGAUUUGUCUCGCACCUAGGCUAUUAUACAGGGUGCUUAAAAAAAAUGUGAACACAAUUGAAAAAAUAACGGAUAAUACACUAACAUGAACACAAAUGUAAUGUUAAUAGCUUCAAAAAGUCAUGGCCUCCACUUGUUCGCCAUCGUUGUGAACGCGUGCCUGGAAUCUUCUCCAGGUGGUCUCCAGAGCCCGGAGGAUGCACAUUUCUUGUGGUAUUGUUGCAAAUUCUUAGAAGUGUUCACAUUGUUUUUUUGAAGCUCGCCCUUGUAUAUCGCGGCUCCUAAUCGCAUUGUUGUGCUCGGGGUCUCGAACAUUUAAUGCUGUCCGGGCGCUCCGUCUCUGAAAAAUGCAGCACCUACAGCUACGUAGUAGUCGUACCUCUGCGAUUUUACAUCACUGCUCCUAAUUAAAAUAAAAUACAACGUGGAACGUAAAUGAAGGCAUUUUCAUAAAAUAAAACAUUAAGCCGCGUCAUAAAUAAUUGGUGUGUUCUUUGACACUGUUGUGGAAAACAUCUCACGGUGGUUGUGUUGUAUAGGGGACCCCAACUCGUAACUUUGGCCACCAGGAGGUGGGGGGGGCAAGGCACCCCCUGCCCCCCCACGCAAGUCGCGCGACUGGACUUGACUCUAUUCUCCCAUCGCACACAACUCACCCACACACACCACACACACAACUCACACACACACCACACACACAACCCACACACACACAACCCAUACACACCACACACACACAACUCAUACACAACCCACACACCACACAUACACACCACACACAACCCACACACACACGGCCCACACACACACCACACAGACAACCUAUACACACACCACACACACACACAACCCACACACACACACCACACACACAACCCAUACACACACGGCCCACACACACACCACACACACACAACCCACACACACACCACACACAACCCAUACACAACCCAUACACCACACACACACACAACCCACACACACACCACACACACCACACACACAACCCACACACACACAACCCAUACACAACCCACACACACACAACCCACACACACAACACACACACACAACCCACACACAACCCACACACACAACCCACACACACACAACCCACCUACACAACCCAUACGUACAACCCAUACAGACACAACCCACGCACAACCCACACACCACACACACGCAACCGACACACAACCCGCACACAACCCAUACACACACAAACACGCGAACUUUAUUAGCAGUCACUGAGCCACGUAGGACCCCCCCCCCGCCUCAUUGGGCCAUUCCGCACGAGCGUGAUUCAUGUCGACUUUACAAGAGCGUCGGGGGUUUCACUGCCGUGGUGGAGCGGUUCGCACCACCCGACUUGCAAAUCUCAAAGCGGUCGUCGGUCAGAGCUUCGUUCUCCCGGCGCGGCAGUGAAAACAAUGACGCGAGUUUGUUGUUUGUCUUUUUUUUGCAUCCCCACCUGCAUCUGUUGCACCCAGCAGUAAAAAAUGUACCCGUAAAAACAAAGUUUUUCACUAUCAAUCCUUUAUAUGCGUGGCGGCUAGAGUCAUCUCGUCCUCUGGCUUGAGAUGGCUGCCACCUAUGGGUCAGAUGAUUGCCUGCCACCAUUAAGCAAUUGGUAAUUUAAGAUAAUAUUUUUUUUCCCCUAAAAAGUGUAAAAUGUUGAAAAAAAAUUUUCACGAAAAUAAAUUGUCACGCACGACGAGUCUGUGUGCAAAAUGUCAGCUCGAUUGGAUCACGAGAAGUGGGAUAAAAAACGACCGAAAGAUUUGCACGGUCGUAAGCGCGCAAGCAAGCAAGUGAACUUAAUAUAAAGGAUUUAAAAAUGGGUCGGCAGGUUGCGUGAUGUCACGUGUGGGUACACCCAAGGAGCCGUCCCUCGAGUACGGCAAAAUCGGGGCGAUUGCCCCGGGCCCCGGUUUAGGGGGGGGGGGUCUCUUCCCCCCCCCCCGCGCUUCCACGUCAUGGCAUCAGAUGUAAUACUUUCUGUGCGAUUUGCCCCGGGGCCACCGCACCCCCCCACACAUCCCCUCCCAUAGACGGCACCCACCUCUUCCAGAGGCGUUCGGCGAGGGAGGGAGAGAGAAGGCCAACUACCACUCGUGAGCUCCGUAGGCAGGACACGUCAUUCUCGUGGAAGUGUCGUGGGCUAGCGAUUGCAGGGCUGCGCCUUCAUCUACGUGCGUCGACUCGACGUGUCGACUGUCAGCUGUCGACGUAAGCUGUGGAGAUUUGUUUUUCUGGUCGAGAUCGUGUUUAUGCAUCGAUGUUCUUCUAAAGUUGGCACAUAUCCGCGCGCGAAGACCACGUGUGCCGUCCCCCCCCCCCCCAUUGGCAGGUAGAAUACUUUGUAACUGACAACGCCGAUCUCCACGCUCUGUAUUUUAAUGUUUGAUAACGUGUGCUGGUAGAGCAGUAUUUGCAAAUUUCGUAAUAAAUCUAGCAGACCGAAA